AUGCGGGAUAUAUCCAGCACAACCCAGCAGCAAAAAGCUACAAAGAGUUUCCGUGAGGUAGCAGCAAUCUUUCCCGAAUACAAUGUGACAACGUUCAUGCCACUCUGGCUUUUUACUGAUCAAUAUGAUCUUGUCGUACCGAAUACGGUCCAAGACAUUGUGAUUGCUGUACUCUGCAUGCUUUUCAUUGCAUUUCUACUUAUUCCUCAGCCAUUUUGCGCCCUUUGGGUGGCGUUCACCAUCGGAUCCAUCGACCUCGGCGUUCUCGGCUACAUGACACUUUGGGGCGUUAAUCUGGAUGCGAUAUCGAUGAUAACGAUCAUCAUGUCCGUGGGAUUUUCCGUGGACUACUCAGCCCACAUCACCUAUGGCUAUGUGAUAUCGAAGGAACCCGACCCACGAGACAGAGUUCGCGAUGCACUCGGCGACCUCGGCUGGCCAGUAGCUCAGGGCGCUACUUCCACCAUUCUGGCUGUUGUUGUUUUGGCAGAUGUACCCGCCUACAUGAUCGUAACUUUCUUCAAAACGGUGUUCCUGGCGAUCUCCAUAGGUUUGAUUCAUGGCCUCAUCUUCCUUCCCUUGAUGCUGUCGCUAUUCGUUCGAGGUUUCUGUACGAUCGGCUCUCGCAAAGUGGACGAUGAGCCCGAAGCUAUAUCUGUGGCCGUUUCGACGAAAGCUCCUUCUUCUGUGGGCGAUUGUUCAACGUUGCACAAACGCCAGCUACCACCAGAAACCCCUCCUCCACGUCCGCCGAUGCUUCCGCCUCCACCUCUCCAGCAUCAGUACAGCUACCUGUCCGAGUUCCGACCAAUGAGCCAUGUACGAGGCUCUAAUCCAUGGCUCGAAAUGAAGUUCGCCGACGCCUUCGACUCAUCUACAAUGUCGUCGAUUUUGGAUGCACCACCUCUGGUACCCACAAGACCACCAAGCAGGACUCAACAGCCACCUGACCAUCCUCCACCAUUACCGCCUAAGAACUUCAAGUUUUAG